UGCUUUCACAGAACAACAGCCGCACUAAUUCACAAGCGCCUGGUAGACAUGGUGUACUGUGGGAGGCCGAGCAAGGGAUGUCAACCUUGUCGUUCUCGGAAGACAAAGUGUGACGGAGCUAUUCCAGCUUGUUCUCAAUGCUUGAAAGCUUCCCGCGAAUGCUUUGGCUAUCGCAACGAGCAGUCUCUGAUAUUUCGAGAUGAAACCCGCAAGGUCGUACGGAAGGCCCGAGGCAGUAGUUCUACACUAUCGCCAUCUACUCCAGAAACUAGUCCUAGUACUUUAGCUAUUAUUACUCCCUCCCGUCUAAUAGAGGACGAUGCGGCAUCUUUUUUCUUCUUCCAUUAUGUAUUGAAAGAGCCCGCGUUCGCGAAUGGGCUCUACGAUUUUCUUCCUACGCUGUAUUCUCAAGGUUCAUCGGCAGUAUUUCAAGAUAUUGUAACUGCGACGGGUCUAGCAGGUCUCGCGAACCUGAAAAGAUCACCUACGCUCAUGCAUGCCGCAAGAGCCAAACAUAGUACAGCACUUCGCACUGUCAACGCCUCCCUUCAAAACCAGCAGACAGCAACCUCCGAUUCGACCUUGAUGGCGGUCCUCUUGCUCGGGCUUUUUGAAAACAUCACUUGUUCGUCUCCAAAUUCAAUUCAUACGUGGGCUAAACACGUGAGUGGAGCGCUUACGAUAGCUCGUAUGCGUGGACGGCAACAGCUUGAACAUGACCUUGGGCGUCGACUGUAUCUGCAUCUCCGAAAUCAAGUGUUGAUCGACUGUAUGCAAAGGCAGGAGGCCAUACCAGACAUCAUCACCGAAUGGAAUGCAAGCUCAUUACGUUCUGGACACUUUGAAGAAGCAAACGGGCUUGGGUUUGUGGAACCUCGCUUGUUCCAAAUCAUGGCUCAGCUUGCCGCUCUCCGUCAUAAAAUCAAAGUCAAAGGUCAUUCACAUGCAACUACUGCAGAGGCAGUAUCCAUUGACAACGACCUCAUUACAUGGGCAGCGACAGUUUCUUCAGACUAUGCAUAUACUACGGUGUCUCAUAGUAGUUCCAACUUCCCAUUCCCGUAUUAUCACAACUACAAAUUCAUCUGGAGUGCUACAUGCUGGAAUAUAUAUCGUACUGCCCGGAUAUUUGUCUCCGACAAAAUAAUUCACUGGUACUCAUCGUCAAACUCCACUGUCGCGUCGCAACAGAUACUUUCCGGAUAUAUCCAAAACGAAGCAGUGCUUGCAGACGAAAUCUGUGAAAGCGUGCCUUAUUACUUUGGCGGAGACCCAGAAUGUGUUGAUUCCUUGCCAACCGCUCCUAAAGCAGCUUCGGGCUUUGCCCUCCUCUGGCCUCUAUACGCAGCUGCAACGACAUACUAUCCGAGCAAGUUUCGAACUGGCUGGAUUGUAAAGCAGUACGACGUUAUUGGAAAUAUGCUAGGUAUACGAUUGGCAUCUGUGUUUGCGAGCACGCUCAGAAAGAACCAACACAUCAGUGUCUGGGAUCGUGACCCGGCCGAUUGUAUUGAAGAUGAUGAGGUGUGGUGAAUGAGGGAGGAAUUGUCUCGUUAGCAUGCUAUCUAACAUCUCGGCCCGCCUGCUCUGAAAAAUAUGCAAUAUCUGACAGGGAUGUUGGGUCUAAUGUCCCCCCGCCGUUAUCGGCCUCGUUGUAGCUUUUUGAUCAAUUAGCCCCGCCGGCAUAACAAGUUAUAUAUUGCUAUUU